CGCGCAGCACGCUCGGGGCCCGGAUGGCGGCGGCGGCUGGGAGCGGGACGCCCCGGGAGGAGGAGGGGCCCAGCGGGGAGGCGGCUGCUCCGCAGCCCCAAGCCCCGACGAGCGCGCCCGGGGCUCGUCUCUCGAGGCUGCCUUUAGCGCGAGUGAAGGCUUUGGUGAAGGCCGACCCCGACGUAACCCUCGCGGGACAGGAAGCCAUCUUCAUUCUGGCACGAGCCGCGGAACUGUUUGUGGAGACCAUUGCAAAAGAUGCCUACUGCUGUGCUCAACAAGGAAAAAGGAAAACCCUCCAGAGGAGAGAUUUGGAUAAUGCAAUAGAAGCUGUGGAUGAAUUUGCUUUUCUGGAAGGAACUUUGGAUUGAUGGCUGAGCUCGGCAGUUUUGUGAGCUUUCACCUGCAUCCUCUGGCCAGCCCCUCUCCUGCAGGCCUCUGCCUUGAAGAACAGACUAUUUGGAAUAUUGUACUUACAUGCUUUUCCUGUUCUACCAUCAUCUAAACUGGGAUAAACAGAGGUCUCACCUGUUAGCUUUUCUUUACAAGGUCUUCCACUACUAUGUCUUCCAUUUCAGGCGUGGAUGCAGCCUCUUUUGAGGCAGAGGAAAAGAAAAUGAUUUUUGUAGGUUGCCUAAUGAAUGCUAAGGACCAUAAUAAACGUCUCUGAUCAGUUUCAA